AUGCCUACACCCAAGUACGAUAUUGUGGUCGGAGUUGACUUUGGUACUACGGCCUCUGCCAUUGGCUACUCUAGCAUUUUCCUAGGUCGCCCCUAUUAUCAUCCCAAGUUGAUCAGCCAAUCCUGCGAAAAGCCUCCUUCCAAAAAGAUUCCAAGCGUUCUUGCUUACAUUCAGGACAACCCCAAUCUUCAGGAGAAUAAAUGGGGAUUUCCUGCUCAGAAAGUACCUAAUGUGAUCUCUUGGUUUAAGCUAUUCUUGGAUGAUGAUCUUGAGAUUGAGAUCAAGGGCUGGAAAGCGGAGGCAAUGGGUUGGGCAGGUCCUCGAGGGAUUAUGUCUCUUCCAACAGGGAGAUCCUCAAUUGACACCAUCUCAGAUUACCUGGGCGCUCUCCAGGCCAACAUCUGGGACCAUCUGAAAGAAAAAUUUACCAAUACGGAGAAGAGCCUGGAGACAAGCACCAUCAAAUUCUGUUUUACCAUACCAGGGCACUGGUCCAAAGAGGCUAGGCAGCAUAUGCUUUUUGCUAUCGAAACAGCGGGUUUUAGAUCGAGGAAGUGUGAUGAUAUCUGCCUACUUACAGAGGCGGACGCUGCCAUCAUCUUCGCUCUAUCGACCUCGCAAGAUAAUGCAGGAACCUUACCUCUUAAGACUGGAGACGGAGUUCUAGUCUGCGACUGUGGAGGAGGAACAGUUGAUAUUGCGAGUUUUGUGAUCUCAAAGUAUAAUCCUCUUGUAUACGAUAAGCUUGCUCCAGGCUCAGGGAAACUAUGCGGUUCCACUUCGGUGGAUAGGGAGUUUUACAAACUCAUGGAAAAAAGAUUCGGUGAUGUCUUUUCUAGCUUACCAUGGUAUGUGAUUGGGCUCACAAGCGAAUUCAUGCAGGAUUUCAUGAAAGUUAAGUGUGCGUUUACUGGACAUGGAAAUGCGAUUUUCCAACUCCCCCUUGAAAUAAAGGUGUCGCAACCCUUCAACCCAGAGUGGUAUGAUCAAAACACAGGACAUGUGAUACUAUCCAGUGCCGAUCUUCUGAAGUUAUUCCAACCCUCUGUCAGGACAAUUGUCAAUUGCUUGAAUAGCCACAUGAGUGAAGCCAAUAGUAUGAAAGGAGAAGCACCAGCCAUCAAAAAAAUCUUGCUCGUUGGAGGAUUCUCUCUUUCGCGUUUCCUUCAAAGUGAGAUCACACGUGCAUUUCCUGAUAUGGCCAUCAUCACAGACCGUCAGAAUGCAUUGACGGCUGUCGUCCAGGGUGCGAUCGCAUGGGGCAGUGGCAAAGUUGAGCUACGAAGCAUGCGCAGUCCGUGCCACUUCGGCUUCUCAACCGUGAAUCUAGUCGAUUCUUCCCUGCCCAGAAGCUUGCGUUUGGGCUCUACUUUCCAAAACGAUUCAAUUAACUGGCUGGUGAAAAAGGUAGCAUUUCCGUGA